AGUCGUGACAUCUGGCUGAGGAGCGAGUUAGACGUUCUCCUCAUUGCCUCUCUCUUUCUUUUUCCCUGUUCUGUCCACUCUUCAUCUAUCCAUCGUCCCCUUGUCUCUGUCCCUUUGGUGACUCGAGGGUUCAGGCGGUCAGACAAACAGACAGAAACGAGCCCCGUAACUCGACCCCCUCCCUCUACCCUCUUCCUCCUCCCCGACACGGUGUGUGAUGGUGUGUCCCCUCCUCUCUGUCCUGGAGACAUGCCUGUGCAGGAGAUGGCGGUGAGUCCUGUCAAGUCCCUGUACUGGGAGCAGUUCCCCCCCAUGUCACAGCGCCGCGUCUACAGCACUCCCGUCUACCACGAGGGCCUGCUCUAUGUGCUGGGGGGCUGCAACGAGACCGGCACGCCCCUGGACAGCGUUGAGGUCCUGGAAGUAGAGAGCCAGACGUGGAGCCAGCUGCCGCCGCUGCCCACUGCGCGGGCGGGGGCCUCGGCCGUGGCGUUAGGGGGCCAGGUGAUGGUGCUCGGGGGCAUGAACCAGCAGCAGACCCCGCUGGCCUCAGUGGAGAUGUACCACCCCGACGAGGGCAAAUGGGAGACGAGGGCCAGCCUGAGUCAGCCGUCCAUGGGAGUCACCACUGUGGAGAAAGAUGGAAAGGUGUAUGCGUUGGGAGGCAUGGGAGCCGACACAACGCCACAGGCCACGGUGAGGGUUUAUGAGGCAGAGAAGGACCAAUGGCAGCCGGUGACCUCCAUGCCCACGCCGCGGUACGGAGCCACGCCCUUCGUACGAGGAAACAAAAUCUACAUGAUGGGCGGUCGUCAGGGAAAGAUGCCGGUGACGGCGCUGGAGGCCUUCGACCUGGAGACGAAGAGCUGGACACGUUACCCCUGCAUCCCAAGCCGGAGGGCCUUUUCCUGCUGCGCCACCAAUGAGCGAAGCCUCUUCAGCCUGGGGGGGCUCCAGCAGCCGGGGCCGCACAACUUCUACUCCAGACCUCACUUUGUCAGCACCAUGGAGGAGUACGAUCUGGAUCAAGGUAUCUGGAUCAAACCCAGCCGAACGUCCAGGAUGAGGGAGAAGAGGGCCGACUUUGUGGCAGGAUGCCUGGGAGGAAGGGUGAUUGCAGCCGGUGGUCUAGGUAAUGAACCGACGCCGUUGGGCACGGUGGAGAGCUACAACCCGGUGAAGCGGCGCUGGGAGUUCGUGGCGCCCAUGCCCACCGCGCGCUGCUCCUCUGCCAUCCUGCAGGCAGCCAACAUGCUCUUUGUCAUCGGCGGAGUGGCCCAGGGACCCAGUAACGCUUUGGAAGCCCUCUGCUUACCGGAAACGGUGUGACACACACGUGGGAGCCCAAACCGGCAUUGAUGUUUUAUCCAUGUGCGUGCAUUAAACACAGAUGAAAUGGAUCACGCGGAUCGUGCUUCGAUUUUUCUACUGUUAUGUGGAUUCCUCGUGCACGCUGGGAUUUAAGAAAACUUUUUGACGUUCAAUAAGCAUCUUCAAGUGCAGAGACAGUUUGUGAUGGAGCUGGAUGAACACAAGAUGAAAGGACGUUCCAGCCGGCUGCUGUGACUGGCAAGGACAGAAAACGGACAGCUUAUCUACGCUGGGGAAAUCAGAGCAAGAAGAACACGAGCAAAGAAAACAGACGCACACAUGGUGUCUGGAGAAACAACACGCCUUUGACCUGUUGAGCAUUUUUCAGAAUAAAAGCAGGGUACUUUUCUGGACAUUAAAGGAAGAUAGGGCCAUAUCUGUAACUCUUUUUUUUUGCAGCAGCGUCGCUCUGCGCUGCUGCUGCAACAGUGAGCUCGGACACUUUUGUACGACCUUAGAAACAACAGCUGAGUUUUAGACAGUGAUGUUCUAUAGCUUUGUGAAUGUUUCGGUUCAUCUUCUUCUAUUUUUGUUGCAUACGUGUGAAAGUUAGCACUGCUAGCAAGCGCUAGCGCAGUGUCGACAACGGUGUCCCUUAAACAUGCGUUCACACCGCUUGCAUCUCGAGCAACCGCUUGUCAGAAGAACGGCCAUUUUUCUACAACGAGCGAAGCGUCGGCUUACGUUGACCACAGUCACUGUGUUUCCUUUGUUCCUAGCUGACUGUGGUCCAACUCGCCGGCACCUCGCUCAGCUACCCAUCUAUCCGCCUCUACUAGCUCCGCAGCAAUCAAUCCCAAUCAAUCCGCAAGGCUCAAACGGUCCGUCACACAUAACCCUUAUGUUGACUUCUAGGUAGAACCCUAUGAAAGGAUUCCAGCCCGAAACCUUUCACAAAAGGUUCUACCAGGAACCAAAAAGGGUUCUCCGAGGGACAAACCGAAGAACCCGUCAUGGUUGUAGUUUAUUUCCAAAAGUGUACAGUGGGUGAGCAACUGAUACUCUAAAGACUUUUGGUGGAGAUUUAGUUUGUUUUGGCUGAGGUCAGGCUUUGCGUACGAGAGUUGGGGAUGAAAGGUGACAGAGGGAGCGGCAGCGCAGAAUGUUUUGUGACAGAUUCAGUGACUUAUGGACAGCAGGCGAGGUUGGGCAUAAAACAAAGGAAUUACCCAGUGUAUUGUGUUACCAUGUGGCAAGCAGCCUCUGUCGGUAGCAGUUUUGCAAUCAGCUUCUCCAAUCAGAAUAUUAAGAAUAUACUGUAACUCGGGAGUCCACGUGGCUUGGUCCCAGAUGGCGGUACAGCCGAAAAAAUGAUGGGUUCCUGCUUAAUUAGAAAAGUUUUAUUGACACACUACAGUGUAAAACUUCAAAUUUAAUCUAUUUAUCGUAUGAAAGGCAUUUUUUGCAACUAAAGUAGUCAAAGCACUUGGGUGUGCUUUCACUAAAAGUUGCGCAAGAAAGAGCAGAGAUGCACGGGGCAUCGUUUAGAGACGACAUUCAUCCGCUACAUUCAAACAGUUUUUAAUAACUGAAUAAUUGUUGCAGUUGCAUGACAAACUGAAUUGACCAAUUAUGUCUCUCAAUACAGGAAACUCUAUUUCAAAAGAGUCAUAUGAUCAAGAGUCAUGGAUACAGAGAGGGGAGAGAGAAAAAGACUGCAGAUAAGUCAGAGACAUACAGGAAGAGGGAGCUGUCUCUGACCCGCAGUACAAGCCUUGUUUCUUACACACACACACACACACACACACACACACACACAGAUAGACGCAUGUUUUUACCUGUCAUGCCCCGUUUCAUACACGUGUCUGGUCUGCACCAUCUGGUCAGACCUCGUUAACAGAGUCAGACUUCUGUUGCUGUGAGGGAGCACUGAAGCCGCUGGAGCUCAGAUGAGGUGCCAGUUGAGGCAUGGCUAUUUCUGGUGCAGUGUUGUGUGCAUCCAAUGAGUGCGUCAGGUAUAAGCCACUCACACAUGUACCCGUGCACACACACUCACACACAACACACAACACACCCUUUGUGUUGUUUGUACGCAGAGCCAUGAGCAGACCUGGUGCAAGAAAUGCAGUCGAUCAGUCACAGCUCUAUCUGGCAACAUUAACAAAAGCUGGGAGAGAACACCGAGAUCAUUUUGUCUGUAAACAGCACUGCUGGUUUGGGACUCUUGCCCUCUCCAUUCAACACUGAUCAGCCUACUUGAACCACUGAGUGUGUGUGUGUGUGUGUGUGUGUGUGUACGGGGAGAGAUGAAAAUCAUCUUUUAUUUUUAUGUCAUGGAUGUAUUUUGAGUAGAUAAGGUCUGGCAAAAUGACGAGUUUAUUUGCCUGUAACUUGCUCCUGCAGCACAUCCUUGUGUGUGGCUCGUGGUAGUUUAAAGAUGCCUCUUUAAUGGCGCCACAGGGAAGAAUUGGCAACAAGGCUGACCUUGCUACACUAGAUCUUAAAAGCUCCAUUCGCUGAUUUCUUGUUGGCCACUCGGUGGCAGCAGCUCAAGCUGUAGACUCAACAUGAACCCAUUAUCGCCUUAAGUUGAUCGGACAAAGUUCUUAGCAAACAGUUGCUCAGCACAUUCAGCAGACCGAGUUGUGUUUCUAACAUUCUGAUAUUCACUCUCUUUAAGCUCUUUAGUCUCCACCAGCUCCUGAGGAAAAUAUCAAACCUGUUCUCCCACAAUUAGUCAAAUAUCACAGCUUGGUCAGUGCCAACUGAUGCAAACCCUUUAGUGUCUGCAUGAGACGCACCAGGCUUUCAACAAACGUCAUUGUAAACCCAUCCGCGUCCUUUUUAGACGGUACGAGGAACUGAUGCAGUACACAAUAGACUGUGCAGUGCGGGUGGGACGGGAGGUUGAACAGGUCAAACAAGCACGGAACUUUCACCAAGGAGACCGCUGUUUGUGUCCCGUGUGAAACCAAAGUCGACAUUGACAAGCUAUAAGUGUAGUUUCUUUCCUGUAACAAACGUAUACUUAUUUUAAACCAAACCAUGCUCUUUUCCUAAACCUAACCAAGUACUCCUGUUGCUUUACUAUACUUAAAAACGAAGUAAACCUAUGUUGGAAGUAUUUUUUGGAAAGACACACUAUGCAUGUAACGAGCGGAAUGUGAGGCGCCGUCCCUGACACAUCCAAAACUGACAUUCAUUUGUAGAGCCUCCUAGUUUGAAACGCAGGGCCACUGACCAGGGGAGAACAUGUUGAAACAUCUGGCUUCACUGUGUUCACCAGCUAACUUUGCCCGUCUGUGACUGGAAACAAGGUUGUUGAGUGCCGGGAUACCGGACCAAAAUAGUAAACUUGUGGGCUGUAAAAUCAAAACAGCGGGCUGAGAGACACAAAAAUGCUCUGUAGAGCUGAGGUGAACUCAUAUUUCACAAAGCAAUGUCAUAAUUUAGCACCGCUCUCUAAAGCCGCACUAAUUGCGCUUUUUGCCACUUACUCUAUGACAAGCUGAAAUCUGAUGUGCGGCUGCGCGUGUGUCUGCAUCCACGGUUUUAUGUGGGUUUGUGACUGCGUGUGGGCGCAUGUGAGGUGGCUGUUAUUAUGCUUGUGUGUGACACCAAGCCAUGCACACUUACCAUCUAUUAUUGCGCGAGCUGUCUGGAGGAUGCUCAACGUCUCCUCUGCAGUCUUACUCUUCCUCCCGCUCUUCGUUCCAGUUUACAUGCCACACUGCAGUCCCCAAGGAAUUCUGGGACUUUGCCAGAGCCAGCUCUGUCUUUUGGUUGUCUGGUUUUGAAUUUUUUAUUUUUUUGCUUUUCUCUUUCACUCCCUCUCUGAGCCUGGAUUGUUUUUUUUGGUUCUUUUUAGAGAAGAAAAUGUAUCUUUCAAUGGAAACGAUGCCUCAUAAAUCUUGCCUCAUAAAAGAGCUGGAUGCUUCGGUACGGUCGCAGCUAAUUUACGCGUUGUCGUGAGCGGAUGAUGCACAAGCGUAUGUAAAUGUGUAUGUAAAUGUGUUCUUACAAGUGGAAGUCAAAAUGUAUUGUGGAGCUGCUUUCUACGACAAGAGCAUGAAUAUGGUUUUAAUUCGUUUCUUGGUGACAUUUGUUUUCAAACUGGAGUCUGAAGAACCUGAGGCACGGGGCAAUUUUUUACAAGCAAUAAAGCGCCCAAAAAUGAUCACGCAGGUCUUUAACACCGCACAGUGUAGGGCAAAUGCCACCUGGCAACAAGUACAACACUCCCUUUCAGGCACGUGUUUAUUAUCAGGAACACAUGGGCGUAACUUGCGUUGCCUCAAAAAAGUUGCCUUGAGCAUCAUUACCUCUCAAACAUUUGUAGAUACGCUAUGUCCAAGAUACAUUCAGGGCCCUGUUUUAGUGUAGGCACGCUGUGCGCGGCACGCUUUGUGCCUUAAUUCACACAAAAAAAAGCCCCACAGGCUCAGAUUCUGACUGAACAACGGGGGUGCAUACAGCACAGUGCAGUGCCGGGGGUGGAGGAUGCUGAACUUACACUGUUUUCAGUUUUAUGAAUUCAAUGCAGAGCUGUGUCUUAUAUUUGACAAUUGAAAGCCUCUCCAGUUUUUUAUUUUUUCUCUGUGCAGGCAAACUUAACACAGUUUCCUGGGCAACAGGGAACAGUGUCAACCCCUGCAGGUAGCAUACACGUGUUCCCCUCACAUUAGCAUACCCAUGUGUUCUGUUUCCUAUUCGGGCCUGUAGUUGAAGAAUAUAUCAAACCUCCCCUUGAUUAUUAUUGAUUGGGAUACCAGGAUUAGGUGUAAUUGUAUCUUCUUGUGUGUGUUAAUUGUUCAUGUUUGUUCAUUAUUUUUGCCGUCCAGUUGUUGGUGUCGUGGAUUGAGGUUGUGAGGUGACACCUGUGUCGUGGCGUCGUCCAGAUCGGAGCUGGGUUCCCCAAAGUGUUUGUCACUAGUCGGGCCUUCUUGCAAAGCUUCGCUUGGGUGGAUGUUGCUGCAAAUAUAUUUUUAAUAGAAUUAUAUAGAGACAUCUGUUUAUUUUCACCAUGUUGCUGAGAUAAGACGCGUCAGAGCACAGUGUGUAUCAUACUUGGGGUGAGAAUUAUCUAAUGUAUGGUUAUUGAGUAGAAAAGCGUACAUGAGGUUAUAUUUAGUGUGACAACAAAGACAACAGAGAUUUAUUUGGAUGUUUUUUUUGUAUUCUUAUCUGUUGUGUGAUUUAUAACCUUCUGAGUUUUCACACCUAAAUGGUCAUCAGCAAAAUAAAAAGACUAAUUAAUGUCAACACAGAUUGAUUAUAUUUUAAGAUGCUUCAAAUGAGCACGAUCUCAAAAAACCCACGCGGCUUGAGAACCGGCCGUCAUUAAAACUGACAAGUGUCGAAGUGAAACUAGGUUGUACAGACAUUUUGACAAACACAAACCCAGAAUCCCUCUCCUGUUCUAAUCCCUCUCGCUGUGCUGUUUCCUUAACAGGGAUUGACAUGGUAGAACAGCUGGUAAACUGCUUUGUGGUCUCAGUGGAUCAGUAUUGCCAUGUGCUCUGUACUGUAUGUGCAAAAUGUGAUUUGGGAGGUUUUUACUGAACUUGAUGAAAUGUACUAAAAUGUCACUCAAGGUGAUAAGAAAGACAGAAAACUGAGCGUAAGGAAGGCUGGACUCAGACAGCAUGUGAUGUGUGUGUGUGUGUGUGUGUGUGUGUCUGAUUCACUCAGACAGAGUGUGAUGCUGUGUGUGUGUGAAAUACUAAAAAGUUAGAUAUAUCCUUAUUUGUGUUAUAAUGCUUUACACUUUGUAUUGUAGCCAUAUGACUGUAAACAUUUGGUUGUAGAAACACUUGCAGUCAAAUAGACCCACACAUAGUAACUUCAAACUAUGCACUUACAGUAAAUCACGAACAAUGACGAGCCAGAUAUGACCCCAGUUUACUGAGAACAUAUAUAUUUUCAAACAUUGUAGCAUGAGUAUAAAAAACUAAAACAACAUAAGUAUACAUACAGUUUUACACAAUUGUUUAUCGCACUGAGAUCAUGUCCAACGAGACAAAUACAAUUCUGCUUCAGUUGUUCCACAGCAAUAUCGCUAGAACAUUCAUCUCUAAACAUUUAUUAAAGGGACACUCCACCAACUUCACACAUGAAGACCAGUUAACUUCUCAUGCUGAGCACUACUUAGCUGGUGAGAGCAGUUGUGUAACGUCCUCCGUGGCUUAGGAUCGUGCUUUCUACAGCCUGAGCAAACGUUUUGGCUCGGGGUCGAGAUAUAACAAGCGGCUGUAACAAACUGGGCCAUUAGUAUGGAGCUAGCUUAGCUUAGCAUAACGCCUGGAAGCAGGGACAACUUUGUACACAAACAGAAGUGUCAUAAGCACAAUUUGUGGUUUUAGAGGACGUUACCUGCUGUAACUAUUCUUUCAACACUUUAUCCGUCCGCCUGGCUGUCGUUUGCUAAGUAAUUGUUAACGCCCCCUUAAACCACAAACUCUUGUUUGUGCAUGUCUGGGCCUGUAUGGAUUAAAGAGUUACAAUAGAUUCAUUUAGAGGACCUGGUCGGCAGAUCUUCGAAGAGACUUUUAAGAGAGCCAGGCUAGCAAUUUCCCCCCCGCUUCCAGUCUUUAUGCUAAGCUAACUGUCUCCCGACUCUAGCUUCAUACACACAGACAUGAGAGUGGUGUUCUUCUUUUCUUUUUUUCAUCAACACACAUUUUGUGAAUUUGCUGACUUUGACGGGGGUCAUACAUAUACCGUAGGUGGGUGAAUGAGAAACCAAGGCAAACUAGAAACAAUGGUACAAGUUUCAAAUACUAGUGUCAUACUAGCUUUAGUAGGGAAGUAGCAAAAUAGUAUUUCUUUACUUGUGUGGACAGAUCUGACCCCAGCUGGUCAUUUAAUGGUUAGGCAUCGCUAAUUAAACAGAAGAAGCAAUGGCGAUGCUUUUGUUAUUAUAACUUUUAUCAUGAUAACAAUAGAAAUCACAAUACUAUUAUGCUGUGGUUGUUGUUGUAGUUGAUCAAUGUGAGACUGUAGUGUGUUCUUAAACUGUUGGUUGAGAUGACAUACGCAGAAGAGAACAAGCAAUGUAUCAUGAUGUAUUACAAAAGUCCAGGAAAAGGCGAGACUGCAUUAGUUUCAGGAUGUGUUUGGGUGAUGUAAUGUACACAAUGAAAGGCCGCCUCCCCUCACCGAAGCCUGCCAGUCACAUUGUUACGCCAGUGAUACCAAUCAUUGGGUUUUCAAAAUGAUAACAAGGGUUAAAUGUUUGGUUAAAGUUUCAUCAAGGGCAGGUAUAUGACGAUGAUAAUGUUGUAUGAUAGAACUAGUAACAGAACCAUCCUCCCUCCUCUGUUUUGCCAGACCCAGCAUGCACCUGUUGGUCACGCAACAUGUGGGUGUGUUUGAUUUCGGUCCCUGCUAGGUGGUGUAGUAAAUCAGAGUAAUUAAGGUAGGCUAGCUGCAGUAAACCUGUAGAGAGGCGAAGUCCCGCCCCUUCCUGUUGACCUUAUUUUUGAAAACAUAUGUAUGGUUGUCAAUGACGAGAGACAAAUGAUUAUUAGAUCCCGUUUGAAUUGUGCCAUGAAUCACACAAAUGAUGUUUGUCAAUCUAAAACAUCAUUUUGCACGUCAAGAAAGAUGCAUUUUGACGAUAAACUGUCAAAGUACCAGACUGUGAAAAUAUAUAAUUAGAAGACUGCACACCCAAACGUUGCGUUAGCGUCAUGUCUCGAUGAAGCUACCGCGCCCGUGUGCUUCGUACCAGGAUGCAUUCAACACAUGAACAACAUGGUCUCACUCGUUCCCUCGCUUCCCGGAUAAAAAGAGUUGCUGGAUAAAAACACAUCAGGUAAGACAACGGUACAUUUGUGCAUGGAACACCGCUAAGCUACCUAGCUAGCUAGCAAGGAAUGUAACAGCCGUGUCGGUGACGUACAUUGUGCGAGACAGGAGAUGUAGUUCGGUUUCCCACACAACUAAAUGAUCCUACGUCAAAUCUAUGUCAACUUGAGACUUUGUUGACUUGCAAAAUGAUCUCUUUAAUUGACAAACGUGUAAUUCAUGGCACAAUUCAAACAAGAUCAAAAAGUCAUUUGUCUUUCCCCGUUCAUUACUGUACUUUUUUUUUCAAAAAUAAGGUCACAAAGUGGACACAGAAAGGAGCGGGACUUCGCUAACAUUAACUAUAACUAUAUAACUAUAACAACGUUUACAUCUAGAACAUGCUGCGUGUUCAGAGUGUCACCUCUCUGCUGGUGGAGCCCUCCUGAGGCCGCAGACACCAGCAGCUUCUUCACUGCUCAUUUGCAUUUUCGUGUUACUUUUGUCCGCGCUCUGUAGCGGAUGCGACUUGAAAUGUAGCGAAGUACAAUACUUGAGAUAAAAAAUUCUAGAGUUAAACAAAAUUCUUAAAUACUAGAAGUUACAAAAGGUUUUUAAAGUACUCCAAAAAAAGUACAAAUAAAUGAACCUGUUACUUCCACCUCUGCUUCAUAAGAUAAUAACAAUGAUAAUAAGGCCCUGUUUACCACCUUGAAGCAAAUACAAAAAAGAAAGCCUCACAUCUCCUUAGCAGCAUUUAGUAUGGUUACAUGCUUUGGUGCGUAUAGAUCCAUGUCAGAUCACUUCAUUUAGCAUUUAUGUAAUAUUUCAGACUCUCGAUUGGCCGGGGGUCAGUCAGGGUGAUGACAAACUGUAGCCAGCGUCAACGUGGCGGGCAGGCUUCGGUCUUCAGACCGCGUCGUGGCUAUGACUCCAGUGCAGUAGUUCAGUGCCUAUACUAAAUGUGAGGUAGUGCCUCGACUAUGAAUCCUGUUCUACAAUAAACUAUUUUGACUUGCUGUCUGAUUCCAUAUGUCCUGUGCACUCUUUUUUUUUUUCUUUCCUCCUGUCUGACUCCAGCACCUUCUUGUGAGGGGAAAAAGUGGAGAAGAAAAAACAGCAGCGAUAAUAACAGAGAGGAGCAUACAGGCGUCUAUUUCCAUGUGCCUAUCUCCAUGCCAGCCUCUUGAGAGGCGUAUCGGGGGCUGUCAUCAGAAAAAUGUCACCGGAUCCAUAAUAGAUGAAGCCGA